AUGUUUUCAAUACGAGAAGAAGAUGAUUUCUUGCUGGAAAACCCAACUUUUUCCAUAACCUGUCCAGAAUUCAUUAUCCCAAAAGAUCUAGGAAUUGGUCCUGCUUCCCUGUCUUCAUUACAGGUACAAGGGACAACCUUAAACAACAAUAAUAAGGGUAAAAGGAAGUGCAUAUCUAAUGAGCGUUCCAAAGAUGUCCUGAUGAAAAAAAUCGUGCACCGGGAUGUUGAAAGACAAAGAAGACAAGCAAUGGCCAACCUUUAUGAUUCGGUCCGAUCUGUGAUUCCUCCGGAACUUCUCAAGAGUAGGCUUUCCAUCUCCAAUCAUAUUCAUGAGGCUUCAAAUUACAUAAGAUACCUGCAAAAUAACGAAUGGUCAAUUAGAAGAAGAGAGUUGGAACAAAGACUCCACAAAGAAUACUUGUUGAGGUCGGAAUACGAUGGCGUUUAA